AUGGGUAAUUAUUUUAGUAGUAUGUUCGAUAGGUUAUGGGGUACAAAUAAAGAAUUGAGGAUACUUAUCCUUGGGUUGGAUGGUGCAGGUAAAACUACGAUUUUAUACAGAUUACAGAUAGGUGAAGUGGUGACCACUAAGCCCACAAUUGGUUUUAACGUAGAGACUUUGACUUAUAAAAAUUUGAAAUUGAACGUGUGGGAUCUGGGUGGACAAACUUCCAUUAGACCAUACUGGAGAUGUUAUUAUGCCGACACUGCAGCAGUCAUCUUUGUUGUCGAUUCCACAGAUAAGGAUCGUAUGGCUACCGCAGCUAAAGAAUUGCAUAUGAUGUUAUCUGAGGAAGAAUUACAGGACAGUGCUCUAUUGGUCUUUGCAAAUAAACAGGAUCAACCUGGCGCUUUGUCUGCUAGUGAAGUCUCUAAAGAAUUGAAUUUGGUUGAUUUGAAAGAUAGAUCUUGGUCUAUUGUGGCAUCUAGUGCAAUUAAAGGUGAAGGGAUUACAGAGGGAUUAGACUGGCUUAUAGACGUUAUUAAAGAAGAGCAAUUAUAA